AUGGACUCUCUCUCUCUCUCUCCUCACUCUCUCUCCUCACUCUCUCUCUCUCCUCACUCUCUCUCCUCACUCUCUCUCUCCUCACUCUCUCUCUCUCUUCCACUCCCUCUCUGUCUCUCUCUUUCUUUGAAAACUCCCUUUUCUCCUGUCCUUUACUCUUUCUCUUUCCUUUCUCUCCAUAUCUCUCCCUUAAACCUUUUCUCUCUUAGUCUCAGUCUCUCUCCCUCUCCCCCUCCCCCCUCUCCCUCUCCCCCUCCCCCUCUCUCUCCCUCCUCUGUCUCCCCUUCCUCCCUCUCUCUCUCUCUCAAUCAUUCUCUUAUUUUAAACUCUCUUUUCUCCUGUCCUUCACCUCUUUCUUUUUCCUUUCUCUCCAUCUCUCAUCCUUACUCUUUUCUCUCUCUUAGUCUCUGUCUCUCUCCCUCUCCCCCUCUCUCUCCCUCCCCAUCUCCCCCUCCCUCUCUCUCUCUCUCUCUCUCUCUCUCUCUCUCUCAGUCGUUCUUUUAUUUUCUCCCUUUCGCAACAUUAUCUUUUCCAUAUGAAUUGCUCUGCUUCCCAAAGAAACUUCGUUUUCUCCUGUCCUUUACCUCUUUCUCUUUCCUUUCUCUCCAUCUCUCAUCCUUACUCUUUUCUCUCUCUCUCUCUCUAAAAUCAUGGCCUCUCUCUCCCACUCUCUGUCUCUCACCCUCUCCCUCUCUCUCUCUCUCUCUCUCUCUCUCUCUCUCUGAGUCGUUCUCUUAUUUUCUCCCCUUCACAACAUUUUCUUUUCCCAUUUGUAUUGCUCAACCCUCCAAAGAAACCUUUAUCGAUUUUUCCUUCUCUUUCUUUUUAUAA